AGGGGGUAAAUUCUUCCGGGGCUGAAGUGGUUAAUCAACUCUACUGUAAAGGUUUCGCUAUUCUAUAAAGAGCUCUGUAUUAUAGUAAAAUUAGCAACAUUCUGUAAUAAUAUUUAGAAGAUCUUUCUUGUGAAGAAAUUUUCAGUACCGGUAAUCAGAUAAAGUAAGUUUAUUCCACAUAGUCUGUCAAUGCCUGUAAUACUGCAAUACAGUACACUGCAACAUUAUCUGCAGUCUUCAGGCUCCCAGCUCUGAAACUUUAUAAUAUACAUAUUCAUGCUACUGACAAUGAUUUUUACAUUUACUCAUGUCUGCAGAUUUUACAGUGAAGAUGUUGGUGAAAAUGAUCGCUGUCACGCUUGUCUUUACCAUCACAGGCUCAAAUGCCGAAGCUACCAGUAAAAAUUUGGCAAGUGCAUUCCUGGACUACGCUGCGCAAGUGGUCACGGCUACCAAGAACAGCGCCUCAGUGUAUGACUUCACCAAACAAGUGAGUGAUCUAUUGGAGAAGAAUAUGAAAAGUCUCGACAAAGAAAACCUACUGAAAGCAUUUUCCACUUUUGCCGACAGCAUCAACAAACCAUUGACCUAUGACAAAGCCAAGCAACCAAUGCUAGAUGAGCUGGAGCAGCUGAGGACCACCUUGUCAGCAUCCACAUUAGAAGUGAACCGGUUGUUCAGCAUGAUCUCAGAAGAGCUUUUGAUCAAGCUCUCCCUUUAUUUUGACAAUUUACAAGCCAAAGUGGAAAAAAAUACCCUAGCAGUUAGCCAGAAGCUGGAAAGUAUAACGGUUGACUUGAACACACCGUUGAUAACAAGUAUUGAUAGUAUGCAGAUGUCAUUGGCCCUGAACUUACAAAAUCUUGAGGGUGCAAUUGUAGAAAAUCUUGAAGAGGUAAGGGUUAAUGUAAAUGUAUAUCAUGAAAGGGUGAGUGAGAAGUUAAGACAGCAGUCUCUGCUUUUGAUUAAACAUUUGUCUCCCUAUGCAGCCGAUAUGCAGGAAAGCUUGACCAAACAAUUUAAGGUAAUGUGUUUUCAAAUAAAAAAACUUGUUGACCAGAUGCAAACCAAUAUUUUUGUUACAGCAUCACAACUAAAGGAGCAAGUAGGCUUUUUUAAAAGUUCAUUACUGGCAAAAACAUAUUUAGAUGUUAGUAACGUCAAAAAGACAACAAAUAUCUGCCUGUCCGAUAUGAGCCAGAAGAUUACGCUGUUUAAAGACACGGUUGUCCUGUAUGGAGAAACCCUCAAGAAGACACUCAUCGAGGGAUUAGAAAACAUAAAAAAGGAGACAGAACUGUAUGAUGUACAAGAUUCAACAAAGGUCCUAAACAAAAAUAUCCAGGAAAAAAUCCUCAGCUUCAUAAACAGUACCCUACUGAGUGGUAUCAUGAGCGAUAACUAAAUAAAUGGUGUAAUCUCCAAACAAAGAAACAGUGGGGCAGAUCCACAUACAUCUGCACCAGGCGCAGCGUAGCUAAGAUACGCUUUGCCGCGGUAACUUAUCUUUUUUAAUUUGAAUCCACAACAAAUCUGCGCCAUAAGUUACGGCGGCGUAGUGUAUCUCUCG